CGCCGCAUUUCAUCCAGCAAUCUGGAAGAUGUACUGACCGACAAUGGCGACUACUUCAUUGAAGUCACCGUGGCAGAACCACAAAAAGUCGGCGAUGGAAUUGGUUCAUACCUAACAUACAAAGUGACAACGAAAACAAACAUUCCAAAAUUCAAGCGCACUGAGUUUAGUACGAUGAGACGAUUUAGCGACUUUUUAGGAAUACAUGAUGUCUUAGCUGCAAAAUAUACAAGACUUGGUAGAAUCAUCCCGCCAGCGCCAUCUAAAAAUAUUUUAGGGAGCACUAAAGUGAAAAUGAGUCCACAACAAACGGAGCCCGGUGCACCCCGAAAUGCUGAAUGGGUCGAAACACGCCGCGCAGCUUUACAACGCUAUGUGAAUCGCACUGCCCAACAUCCAGUACUGCGCGUUGAUCUCGAUUUCAUCAACUUUUUAGAAAGUGAUCAAGAACUUCCUCGCGCAGUUAAUACAGCAACGCUGAGUGGUGCUGGCGUAAUGCGUCUUUUCAAUAAAGUUGGCGAAACAGUAAAUAAAAUUACAUAUAAAAUGGAUGAAAGCGAUGCUUGGUUCGAUGAAAAAAUCACUGAGGUGGAAAAUUUAGAUGCAAAUCUACAAAAACUACAUUCAGCGCUCAAAUCGCUUGUUAUUAUACGCAAAGAGUUGUCCGCCCUUACCGGGUUGGUCGCAAAGUCCGCGGCCAUGUUGAGUACAUGUGAAGAACACACCGGCCUUUCUCGAGCGCUCUCCAAUUUAGCUGAUGUAGAAGAAAAAAUCGAAUUACUACGGUCAGAGCAGGCUAACUCUGACUUUUUUAUAAUGGCGGAAUUCGUAAAGGAUUAUAUCGAUCUAUUCAGCGCUGUUAAAUCUGUAUUUCAUGAACGUGUUAAGGUGUUUCAAAACUGGCAACACGCACAAUUGCAAUUGUCGAAACGACGUGAAAACCGGGGGCGUUACGAACUGACCAACCAUACUGACAAGUUGGAACAGGCGCAACAGGAAGUCGAAGAGUGGCAAACCAAAGUUCAGCGAUGCCAACAGCAGUUUGACGACAUAUCGGCGGAAAUUAAAAAAGAAAUGGAACGAUUUGAAAUAAACCGAGUACGUGAGUUCAAAAUUAAUACCAUGAAAUACAUUGAAGAUCAAAUGGCGCAUCAACAACAGAUUAUUUCGUACUGGGAAGCUUUUAUACCGACUGCACGAGAAAUUGUUUAAAUAAGUACAGAUGUGUACUCUAUUAAAACCAUUGAAGUGCUAAAACGCAGAAUUCUUUAUAUUAAACCUAAUUAUGUAUGUAUAAAUAACCAGCACGCUUUAUGCUUGGUUAAGGCGCACUCUAUCGUCCCAUAGUCGCCUCCUGUGGUGCGCCGUAAUGAUUGCUUGUAACACAAAGGAAAAAAAUAAAUAUGGGCAUUCUGCGUAUCUACGUUCCAUAAUAUAUUUUCUAUUUAAAUUAUAAAUACUUUUUAUUUUUGUAAAGUAUUCAAAGUUUUCUCAUUUGUUAACUACAGCAUACAUAGACGUUAAUAAUUACGUUUAUAUAGGGUAUUAUUGAUUGAAGUGUAUUAUCGGCCCUUUUUUUUUUAAAGAUAUACUAAAAUUCCGAAUAUACAAAAUAUUGUAAUACCCCAGCGUAAUGAUAAAAGUGUUGAUUUAUGUACAUAUGAUGUACCUAUGUAUUUAAAAAAAUAUUUUGAAAUUUGUAAUUGAAUGUAAUAUUAUUGUAAAUAAGAAUGCGAUUCAAAUAGAUGACUAUUAUGAUGGGGGUAACAAUGGGAAAAAUACCUAUAA